AGAAGAAAGAUCCCUCUCUUCCCUCCACGUCGUCUGCACAGUGAAAAAAAAAAAGGCAAAUAAUCGGUGUUUUAAUCAACUACAGAAAGAGCGGAGAGCACGCGCGAUAACGCUGCACAGCACACAACGCAGCGGUCGUGACCUCGCGCUCGCUCAUCCCCGGUCGAUUCACUCCGGCGGUACUCCUCUUGCGGCAUCUUCGUCAUAAUCACACGUAGAGAAGCUCUCCCGACGCAUAGAUAUACAAAUCCCUCCCCUGCAUCGUACCUUCCUCCCCUCCAUCCGCACGGUUUUGAUCUGUUGCUGUUUUUCAUGCUUCCGUAGAACAGGCGCGUCGCGUGUGGUGUGGCGCGCUCAACGCAUCCACAAAAUCAGCGUAUAAACAAUAACCCAUAGAGAGAGGGAGAACGAGACAUCAGCGGGUGUGGGUGUGUUUUUUUGUUCUUUGCCCCAAUGAGUCAGCCACGUGACGGCAGCGCCAACGCAACUACGGCGGCUCCGUGGCUGACGGACAACGGGCUGUGGUCACCGACCAGCCCUUCGACUUCAUCGACCGCCCCCACUCCUGCGUGCCCCACCGCCGAAGGAGCAGCGCAGGCAAUGCGUGUAGCUGCAGACGCCAGUUUCACGAGUGAUAAUGGAGGAAGCCGUACUGCUCAAGGCAACGCUCUACAAGGCGGAGAAGGCGACGAUGUCCCUGCGCUGCUGACGAUGACGAUGUCGCACAAGGAAGAAAGUGCGGCACGUGGCGGAGAAACGCUACCACGUGCCAACUCUAGAUCCAGUGACACGCAGACACCAUCACCACCGCUGGUCGAAGAGGCCUCACCUCAUACGGAGAUGACAAUGACCAGCGGGGCAGAGCACCUGCGCCCCAACGCCACACGUCAUUCGACGCGUGCGGCUGCAUCUGCCUCUCCUACCGUGGAGAGUGCGCCGCGGGUGAACGCGCACACUUCGGCGGCUGCUGCUGAUGAUGAUGAUAAGGCAGAAAACAGAAGGAAGAGUCCGCACUCGCAGUCGGUUGUGGGGGCACAAGCAGAGAAUCACGACGGCAGCGUCAAGACGAGUCCUGCGGCAGCACAACAUUCGCAGCAGCAGCAGCAGGCCUCUGCAUCGUCUUCGCCAUCGCAGCAGGGUUGGAUUGAAACAGCAAGAGCGUCUCGGCACGACACGGAGGCGUCGACUUGCUGCAAUGGGGAGGCAUCAAAAGCAGCGCACCGCGGCAAUGAUGAUGAUGAUGGCGGUGUAGGCAAGCAGGAACGCGACCUAUCGAACCUGGAAGCGGCUGGUCGGCACACCGCUGAAGUGGACAGCCAAGGGCCACAGCGACCACGCGCACGCCUGUCACAGCUACAUGCACGGCGGGCAGGUGAAAAGGGGGAGUCCGCUGUGCACGCUCCCUCAGCUUCCGCAUCUUCUUCUUCGUCUUGGGGUGGGUCCGCGACUGCCAAGCCACCUUCCCCGCAAAGUCGAGCGGCGACCGCGACGGCCACCACCGCAUCUGCGGAGCCGUCGACGAUGGCGGCGGCAACGGAGGGACUGGCGUGGGUGUCCUGCGGCCACAGCGAUCCCCCGGCGCGCUAUCGGGAUACCCCUGCGUACUACUGCACGUACUGCUCCUACACGGUAUGCGCAGCGUGCUUUGCUAGCAUCCCGGCACCUCUGGAGGCUGCCCAGCAGCGACAACAAAUGGGAGAGACAGCAGCAUUUAUUCCACGACAACGGCGUCAACGCCGCGACGCGGAAGCCGACACGCGCGCCGGAAACGGAGGCGGCCCAGGCGCUAGCGAUGUCCUCACCCCAACGAAACAGCGAGCAGAACAGGCGGACGAGGCAGCACCGGAGGACAACACCUGUCGUGUGCCCGGCAGUAUGAACUGGUUGGACGACGUGCUGCGGUUACCCCCCAUCACCGUACCCCGCAGGCGUGAGGGUGAAAGCGUGCGCACAACCGGCGCUACGACAGCAACGACAGCAGCGUCACACGCAGGACACGUUCCACCCUCCCACACCCACCGCCGCUUGUCUACCUCCUCCGCCCCACUACCACCGCCGCUUUCCUCGUCGACGACGGCGACCACCGCCACCACGCACAUCACGUCCUCCGGGUUGAACAGCGACGUCCCCCGCGGCGAUCCCCAGCGCAGUCUUCACAGUCCGCGGAUGCUGUGCCACCUGUGCCGGCGUGGACACCUCGUCCGUGAGGAGGCCCUGCUGCACGAAUGGGCCUGCGAGGGCCCUGCGCCGGCCGACCGCCUCCACCGCGGUCACGCGCUGCUCUACGACACCGACAACCUACAGAAGUACUACUUUAUGCGGGCACAACGCGAGGCCCGGCUGACGUCCACGGCCCCGCUGCACGCGCAGGUGCUGUCCGUCAGCCCCGCCGUCCUGCAGUCUGAUGCAAACACUGGCACAGAAACUGAUGAUCAUGAUCAUGUUCAUCAGCAGCAACAGCAGCAGCAGGGAACGAGCAGCGCACCGCCGCUGCCGCUCCGUCAAACACGCGUGCGGGCCGGUGCCUCACGCACGAAACCGACGCCGACGCCGUCCGCCACAGCGGCAGCACGAGCGGCCGUCGUGUCGGCUGUCGGGCCUCGCGACGGGCUUCCAUCUCGCUCAACUCGUCGCACCGCGGCAGCUCAGGCAAUCGCACCUAACGCCACUGCGGAAGGUGGUAGGAGUCGUCAUCUCCGUGACAACGGCAGCAUCACGUCUGCCGCGUCUGUUGCCUCGUCAUCGUUGGGGAGGUACGCCUGUGAAGAAGGAGGGAGCUUCGUAUUUGCCGUGCGCAACCCCCGCCUAGCGGUGCCGCUGGUGUGGUGCGCCGUGAAUGGGGAGCCGCGUGAGGAGUCACCGGCGUACGCGCGGUCGACGGCUGCCGCUGCGGGGGCGGCACUUGCGCCAGCGAACCACCACACCCCGCUGUCGAGCCUCUCUUCCUGUGCAUCUUCGUGCUUGUCAUCGAUUACACCGCUGCUGGUGUGGUCCUGCCCGCCUUCGCUGCCGGGGCUUCCCGCCCGUUCGUACCGCGUCGGGGUGCCGUAUGGGCUCUACGCCUUUGCGAACGUCCACGCCCUCGCCCUCUACGCCGCAGGCGAUAUCUUUCGCAAAGCCACCGCGCAGCUUGUUGAUGCGGCACUAACUAGCAGCCACCUUCACAGCAGCGGGGCAGCGGAGGGGCUGGUCGGCGCUUCAGCGGCGUUAUUGCUGGCGGGUUUAGGCGGACCGGCGCCGCAUCUCGCGUCGGCCACCGUCGCACCGGCCGCCUCGCUCCGACCGCUGCUGACCGUGACGGUGCUGCACCGUGUCGCCACUACGCCCCGACCCCUGCUCUUCACGUCGCGGCUUUUGUGUUCUACGGCGGUUGCAGCGGUGGCGACAGAGAAGGACGGCGAGACAGGUCGGGCGAGGAAACGACCGCGGACGCCGGACACGGCCGGCGGUGUACACAUAACAAAAGUGGAGGAUGCGCCGGGUGUAGCGCGGCCGCGGUUUGCGACGCAGCCUGCCGCAGCGCCUCCGCCCGGCGGAGAGGGGGAGGAAGUGGAAGUGGAGGUGGGAGAAGAGGCGGAGAAGGGUGACCCCGUCCAAGCUGAAUCUCAGCUGCAGUGGCCAGACGGCCUCUCCUCCCCCGAGCUGGCCUUGGUUGUGGAUCACCUCCUGCACGGUCGCUCCGUCGCCGUGUACGGCAUUGCCUCGAAGUUUUUCUUCCUCCAGCACGUUUCGAGCAGCGCGGAGCUGGCAUCCUUCCAUGUUCUGACGGUGGACGCGAGCCUGGGUCGCGCUAGUGUGCCGCGUCAGUCCGGUGCGAGCGGCAUCAACCACAGCAGCAGUGGUGGAGCUAAUGGAGGAAGUGUGAACGGCGGGCUGCGCCAAGGCUUUCAGCCCAACAGCGGAGCAGCAGGCUUCUCCUCAGCAUCGUCUUCGGUGAUGCGCCAGUUGCUCUCGGUCGGUCACGCACUCGUGCGUCGCGUGUCGUCGUCGUCGACGGUGCUGACCGCCGAAAUGCGAGCCGAAAUGACGGCGACGGCGGCGACGGCGGCAGCGGCAGCGGAGCGACACGCAGCACAGACCACACGCGAGGAAACGCAGAGCGGAAAGAACAGGAAAAGGAGAGCAGGGGCGCCACACCACACCAGCUUUUCCCUUGACGGCGGCUCUGGCGCGGAGGACGGUGUGGGGGGAGGAAAGGCAGAUUGGCGGGGUGGCGGCGCCGCAGCUGCGCGAGGGCCUGUGGCACGCGCGCUGUUGGACAGUGAUGCAGGUCGCUCGCCCGCGAUGGCGCGGGACGUGACGGGGGCUGUCCUGCACGCCGCAUCCUCCGCCACGUCUGCGCAGCCGCAGCAGCACGGUCGGGUAAUUGCUGUGGAGGUGGUAAGUGUGGAUUCCUCCGCCGCCGCAUCCACUACAGCCGCUUCAUCGGUUUGCUCGACUUCCGAGGAGGACGAGGCAGACAACGGGGCAAAACGCUGUAGCGGCGGUGUUACCCCAGCGAGGGGCACCGUGCGCGAAGUCCUCCCGUUAAGCCUGCGGACACCGCCCAGCGCCACGCAUUACGGGUCCUCGCCGGUUGACAAGCGAUCCCCACACGCGCACCCGCUCUUCGGCGGCACACCACUCUCUCAGCGGAUGUCAGCGGAUCCAAGCGGCGGCUGGAGUGGACGUCGCGGCACAACGCAGCUGGGGCCGUCCUCGCAGACUAGCGCCUUCUCCGCCACCUCCCCUCCGGCGAUGUCGCCCAUUCCCGCCUUCUUCGCGGCGUUGCAGCGCACUAUAAACGGAGACUGCAGCCACAGCAAUAGAGACGAAGACCCGCACGAACCGCCAGGCGAGAACACCGCCGGUCACGAGGUAACGUGCGAGGAGCUGCCUGAGUUUUUCGGAGGGCUGAACUGUCUUCGGCUCCCACCUCGUGAUCAUGACGCGACGCAGAACACGAAAGGCAACCUUUCCGGGAACAAACGACCGUCCGCAACAACAGGAGGAGGAGUAGCUGCGGAGAUGAGUUGGCGGCCGCCGGUGGUGGCGUACGCGAACGACGCGGUGCGAAAGCACGUUCUGCAGGCACUGCGGCGACAGCACUGUGGGCGUCGGUGUGUACAGUGGGCCUCCCUGCCUUCGACGUCAGCGGCGACGCAGCUGGAUGAGCAGUAUCGAUCAGUAGAAGACAAAAACGGUGUGGUAUCUUCCUCUCCGUCAUUCCCACACACGCUGCUCACGCGUGCCCACCAGACACGACCUGGUUGGCUGCCGCCCGUCCUCCUCGUGCUCCACAACGUGGAUUUGCUCGACAGCGACGAGGUCAGCGUGCUCCUGCGGCUCUGUACGCAGUUUGCUUUCCCGCAGCCGCACCUGCAGCUUUUAGUUUCGUUUGACGACCCGCUCUGGCCGUUGGGCUCCGCCGCGGCGGCCCUGGAGCGACUCGGCGUGUGUACGGUGCAGCUGCGCUCGCUGCUGCUGCCGCGGGUACACGAGAUGCGCCACACGAACAGCAUUCACGUACUAACCGAGUUCGAGGCCGCCGCCGGCGGUGGUAGUGGUGGUGGUGGUGGUCGCGGAGGCGCGAAGGGCGUGUUUCGAAGCUCCUCGUCUGCGGGAUCAGCUGCCACCACCGCUUCAGCAACAGCAGCAUCAGCAGCGGCUACGGUAGGGAACUCCUAUCUGCUGCAGGACACGAUGCGCCGCGUGCUCUUUAGUCUGCCGCCUGCCUUCAACAGUCUUCUACGGAUUUUGUUGGACGUGCAAGACGAAGUUGGCGAGGGCGUGUUUGUCUCUCUCUUCACCGUGACGGAGCGCUUUGAGAGGAGCGGCGUGAUGGUCUCGCAAGGACGGCUGAAGGCGCUGCUGCGGGAGCUCACCUCCAAUCGAAUCGCCCGCUACGACUCGGCCGAACACGCGCUGAUGGUGCCGCAGGUGGGUCGACUGCGGAAAGUGCUGAACGAAGUAACGGCACAGCGUGACGGCGGGGGAGGCGGCAGUGCGGCUUUGUAG